AUGGAUUAAAAUAACCUCCAUACAUUGUUUUUUAUUGAUCAUAUUCUUAAAAACGAGCAAGCACAAAAGAUACAACAGCUUGCCAAUGAAUACAGUGCAGAAAAUGCUCACAUUAGGGAUAUGGCUAAAGAACAGGCUGACCUAUUUUUAUCAUAACUUCCAAUUUCAAGUUAUGGGGAAGAGAAAGUAAAGAGGUUAUAUUUUGAUGGUUGUUUUGAUUUAAUGCAUUCUGGACACUUUAAUGCACUUCGUUAAGCCAAAGAGUUAUGUGAAACUUUGGUUGUUGGAGUGAUAAAAUCUGAUGCAAUAGCCAAAGCAAAAGGACCUCCAAUUAUGACUGAUGAAGAAAGAUUGGCCUUAGCUAGUGCUUGCAAAUGGGUUGAUGAAGUAGUUGUCUAAGAAACUUAUGAUCCAACAAUAGAAUAGAUAGAUAGACAUUCAUGUUCCCAUGUUGCUCAUGGAGAUGAUUUAGUCUAAACUGCUGAUGGAAAGGAUGCUUAUUAACCAUUUAAAGAUGCAAAAAGAAUGAAGUAAUUUUUGUUCAUUCCAUAUUUUUUUAGAAUAUUUAAAAGAACAGAAGGAAUUAGUACAACAGAUAUAGUGGGAAGAAUGUUAUUGAUGACUAAAGAAGUGAUGUGGGAAGAAAAGGUAAUUGUUUAUUUAUAAUAUUAUUAGAAAGUAUUUUAAAAGUAAACCAUAGUUGAAGCAUCCAAUAUAAAUUAGUUAGAUAUAGAUUAAGCAUCCAUUGAAUAAACUUUAAAUAACAAGAUUUUGAAUACAACAAGAAGAAUAAUGCAAUUUAGUAACAAUAAGAAACCUAAAUCUGGUGACAAAAUUGUCUAUAUUGAUGGAUCAUUUGACAUAUUACAUCAAGGUCAUGUAGAUGUUUUAAGAAAAGCAAAGGAAAUGGGAGAUUUUUUGUAUGUUGGAGUUUAUGAUAAUGAAGUAAUUAUAAAAAUUCCUAAAUUCCUAGACUAUAAAUAAAAUUAAAGGAAAAAAUUAUCCAAUUUUAAAUUUGUAAGAAAGAGUCUUAAAUUUGUUGGCAAUUAAAUAUGUUGAUGAAGUUAUCAUGGGAGUUCCUUAUAAAGUGAAUGAAUAAUUAAUCAAAAAUUUCAAAAUUGAUUUAGUCGUUGAAGGCAGUUGCUCUUAAAAAACUAGCGAAGAUCCUUAUGAAUUACCUAUUAAAUUAGGAAUCUAUUAAUAAAUCAAAGCUGUAAACAAACAGACUGCAGAUUAGCUUAUUGAAAGAAUUGUUAGCAAUAGAUUAAGAUUUUUAGAAAAAUACAAUUCAAGAAAAAAGAAAGAAAUCAAUUUUUUUGAAAAUCAUGAUUACAAAGUGGAAGAAAUAUGAU